UCAGGAGGCCAUAACUACCACAUACUUUGUCCAAAUUGCAAGUUCUUUAUAUGCACAAACUCCAUUUGACAUGUACUUUGAGGGUGCAUCAUUGGAUUUUCCCAAAAAUGGCCAAGGCAAAAAGUCACUUUUCAACUGGACAGCUGAAUUGGACCAGGGGCAAAAUCGUCCAAAUGUCAAAAUAAUUGGAAUUUUUGAAUGGGACUUUUUCCAACACCUCAGGAAUGGCAUUUAGAGUGUGUUUGAAUAUUCAUUUCAUGGCUAAGGCAUGAGAAUUGGAUUUUGGCUUGAAAAGUGAAAUGAUGAAAAUUGGUCAUUUUGCAUACACAUGUGAUUUUGAGAAAUACUCCACCAAUUGGAAUGAAACAAGUUUCUACACAUUACAUAUGUCAUUUGGAGUUUGCAUGAGCUGUCAAAACAGCUGGCAAUGAGCUGUACAUGGAAAUUCCACUUUUGCCCUUAUUUGCAAAAUAACCACUUUCAUUAACAAAGCCAAUUUGCAUAAUUACUUGAUUAGAGUUGGAUUAAGCUUCCAUAUAUAUUCAUAAUCUCUUGCUAAUCACAACAGAAUUGCACAUUCACCAAGAUUGGAUCAAAAACCUCUCCAAUUCUCAAAUUCUUCAAGAACAAUCCAAAACUUCAAAUUCAUCAAUCUUCAUCAAUUGUUGAUGAAUCUUGGAAUUUCUUUUUGCAUUCAUCUCCUCUCAUCAAUAUCUCCAACUGUUUGUGAAGAUUGGAAGGCAAGGAGUGUGGAUUCGUGACUGUCCUAAAAGUGCAUCAUCCAUGGUGAAUCGUGAAUUCAAGCAUUAGGAGCGAAAUCGAGUGAACCUAGGCUUUGCAUCUCACUUCCACCAGCAUAUACUACUUCUGUUUCGUGGAAUUGAAGCUCAAGAACAACAAGAACUCCACUGCAAUCUCAAGGUACUUUAGUUGCUCAGUUCCUUGUGAACUAUUGCUUUGCUUUGCUUUGCAUAAGCAAUUUGCAUUGAGGAAUCAUCGCUCGCGCUCGUAGAGUCAUCCCUUUGCACUCGACCCGUCCUCACAGAUACUUCACCAGGCGCAAUACUCCUAGACUCAUGGAUCUUCCCAACACAGAUAUCCUCGAGCUGAAAGAUAAGAUGACUGAGCUGAUCAACAUCAUGAAAGGUUUUGCAGUUGAUCAGAAAGCUUUGGCUGACAAAGUUGAAAAGCUCGAGCGGGCUUCAGCUGUUAACAGUGUUGUUAAUCUGGAUGGUGUCUCCAAUCAGGGGCUGGGUGGAUCCAGAGACGGUGAAAAAAGAGAAACUGUGGGUAUGGUGCACAAUAAUGCUGGCGGAUUCGGUGGUACUGGUGGUCAACCUGGGCCCGGUCAGGGGCAAAAUCCGAAAGACGGUCUGUUGUCUCCAUUCUUCGGGUUUGAUGAAGACAGAGAGGAAGACCGAGAAGCUGAUCAAUUCUCAAUGCACAACGAACCGUUGGGGCAGUAUAAUACUCAGCCACAAAGCAAAGAGAUCCAGUUGCUGGCAGAGAAGAUUAAAGUGCUUGAAAGCCAUGCUACUCCGGGGUUUGUCAACAUGUCUAACAUGGGGUUAGUCGAGGGGAUUGUGAUCCCACAGAAAUUCAAAGCGCCAGCAUUUGACAAAUACAAUGGAAGUUCCUGUCCUGAAACCCAUUUGCAAGCAUUCGUUCGCAAGAUCUCUGCUUACACGACGGAUCAGAAGCUAUGGAUGUAUUUCUUCCAGGACAGUCUGUCCGGAGGAUCCCUGGAGUGGUACACCAAGCUGAAGGCUGCUGAUGUCAAGAGUUGGCAGGAUCUAGGAGAUGCAUUCUUUAAACAGUAUCAGUUCAACGCUGAUAUGGCACCAAGUCGUACCCAGCUGCAGGGUAUGUCUCAGAAAAGUAAUGAGGGGUUUAAAGAGUAUGCUCAGAGGUGGAGGGAGUUGGCGGCCAGAGUUCAACCUCCUUUGGUGGAUCGGGAGAUGUCCGAUUUAUUCAUGGGUACCCUGCAAGGGGUCUUUGCCGAGAGAAUGGUGGGUUGUCCCAUCACCAACUUUGCUGAUAUUGUGGUGGCAGGAGAAAGAAUUGAAAGUUGGCUGAAAAUGGGGAAGAUCCAGGGUGGUAGCGCUUUGUCAUCGGGAUCAAAGAAACCAUUCGGGAACGGUCAGCGCAAGAAUGAGGGUGACUCGAGUGCUGUGUAUGAGCAAAGAGGAUAUAGUGGGGGUCGUUAUUAUCAGCAUGCUGCUGUGGUAAACAUCCCUGCUGGUAAUCAGUCAGCCAGACAGCAACGUCAGCCACCGCAAUCGAGAGUCGGGUACCAGGUGAAAGGGAAAGGAGUUGAUCGUCACUUCGACAAGCCGCCCGUGUCAUAUGCCGUGCUGUUCAAAAAGUUGAGGGAUUUGGGGUUGGUCCAGCCGAGGGCGAUGGUUCCGAUAAGAACAGAUCAGUGGCCUCCCGAUUACGAUGAGAAUGCCAAGUGUGAAUUUCAUUCUGGUACGCAGGGGCAUAACAUUGAGGGCUGUAGAGCAUUCAAGAAUGUCGUCCAAGAUCUGGUGGACUCCAAAGCUAUCAAUUUUGCGCCAUCACCGAAUGUUAAUGCUAAUCCCAUGCCGGUACAUGGUCAAGCGACGGUGAGUGCAAUUGCUGAAGAUUCAGAUUACACCCGGGCAGUGGGUGGAAAGACCAACAGUGACUGUAAGCUGGAUGGUUGGGUAAAACCGUGUGCACCAGGGCAGCAAAUCCUGAACUGGAGGGUUUGAAAGAUCAACAUUGUUACUCAUCUGGAAGAGUAUUAUUUCUUGUUUUCAGUUUAUAUGCAUGAAAGCCAUACGUGUUGCCCGACACGUAAUGGUCCAUUGUAAGGGCCACCUCAU